CCAGAAAUUAGGACGCAAGAACCAAGCGCAAGAAUAACUACAUAAUCAAUAAUUAGAAGAAAAAUUGGAAGAUAUUUUGAUAUUGAGAGCAUGGUUAAUCUCCAUUACAACUUUUUAAAAAUUAUUUUUCGUGUCCAAAUAAAAUUUUUGAGUCUUUAAAUUUAUUUGCCUUGUGUCGGGAUUGGGUUUGUGUUGAUAAUUUUUUCAUCAUUUACCUAUGACACAAGUGAGCUCAGAUUUAGGAUUUAUGUUUUGACACUUGACAGACCCUCCUGACCAUUUUCAUUACAGGUGAAACGGAUUGUUCUGAAGUAAAAAUGAAUAGCCAACAAUUAGGAAGUUUGAUAAAAUGGUUGGAUACGUUCGAAUUACAAGCCCCGCACUCUUCCGCAGAGGAUAUCAGCGAUGGAGUAGCUAUGGCGGAAGCAUUAGCACAAAUAGCUCCUGAAUGGUUUACUGCAGCUUGGCGAGCAAAAAUAAAGUCAGAUGUGAGUUCCAACUGGCGUCUGAAAGUUAGCAAUUUAAAGAAAAUAAUAGAAGCGGUAACUGAAUAUUAUGUAGAAUGUUUGAAUCAACAACUAUCUGGUUACGUUAAACCAGAUGCUACAAAAAUUGGUGAACACUGCGACAAUAAUGAACUUAGAAGACUGUUACAAUUAAUCUUAGGCUGUGCUGUCAAUUGCAAUCAAAAGCAACAGUACAUUACUAGGAUAAUGGGAAUGGAAGAAGUUGUACAACAAGUUAUAAUGCAAAGCAUUCAAGAACUAGAAGGCUGCAUGCACGGACCUCGUCUGAGUCUUGGAGCAAGUCUAAACUUUGAAUCCUUGGAUGGUGACUCUACUCAACAGAGAUUUUUGGCAGAGCUGCAGAUAGCUAUAGAUUCCAGGGACCAAUUGGCGCAACGCUGUCAUGAGUUGGACCAGCAGUUAUCUUUGUUGCAAGAAGAAAAGGCUAGUUUGAUCACAGAAACUAAAAAGUUGCAGGAUAGGCUUGAUGAAUUCGAAAACCCAGAAGACUCUGGAUCAAGCUUGAAAUAUUCUGGGCUUAGAAAACAACUUGAGGCACUGAAAGAUGAAAUGUUCAAAAUAGAAACUUCUAGAGAUGACUACAGAUUGAAGGUCGAGCUGUUAGAAAAAGAAGUUUUAGAGCUGCAAUCGAGGCAAGAGGAUUUACAGAAAGCAGCCGACAAAGCUAAUCAUCUUAAAGAUGAGGUUGAUGCUCUAAGAGAGACAGCUGAUAAAGUGACAAAGUAUGAACUCACUAUUGAUUCGUACAAAAAAAAGAUGGAAGACCUGAGUGACUUAAGAAGACAAGUUAAAAUUCUUGAAGACAAAAAUAUGGAGUACGUACAAGCUAACAUGGAAUAUGAAGAGGAAGCAAAACGGGCGUCUUUGCUCAGAAACCAUUUGGAGUUGUGCAAAAAGCAGUUAGCAGAAGCCCAUCGCAAACUUGAUGAGGAAAUUAAUAAAUCCGACAAACUCCAAUUUGAGUCCAAAAAAAUGGAGGCAAAGUUGAACGCUGUCCAAAGAGAGCGAGAUAGAUUAAUCGUUGAGAGAGAUGCUCUAAAAGAGAACAAUGAAGAAUUAAAAUGCACACAGUUACAAGCUGCUGAAAAUUCAACCAAGCCUGCGGAUGUCGAUGCUGUUGAUAAUGCUGAAAUGAUUCCUCCAGAAGUAAAGGAGAAGCUAUUACGUCUGCAACAUGAAAAUAAAAUGCUCAAGCUCAACCAAAAAGGUAACGACGAUAAGGUCCCAUCUGUUCAGGCUUUGUUGGAUGAUUCUGAAGAAAGAUUGAAUACUCUCAGAAGUCAAAACCGUAAGGCAAAUCAGCGCAUCAUUGAACUCGAGAAUCAACUUGAAGAAUUCAAAGAAAAUCAAGCAGCUGGAGAGAACAAAGGCGAUGGUACUACAGAACUCCAGCAAAAACUUAAUCAACUACAGGAUGAGGUAGUGAGACUACAGACCGAAUGCGAAAGAUUGAAUGUACAACAAGAAGAAAGAGAGGCAGCUUUUCAGUCACAGAAACAAAAGAUCUUUAUGCUACAAGAGAGUCUCACCAGAAAAGAGUGCGAUAAUGCUGCAAUGGAAGAACGUUACAAGAAGUACAUUGAAAAGGCUAAAAGCGUUAUUAAGAGCUUAGAUCCGAAGCAAAGUUCAGCAUCAGGCUCAGAGCUACUAAUACUAAGAAAUCAAAUAAUUGACAAACAUAGAAUGAUAGAAGAAAUGGAAAAAACUUAUAAACAAAAUAUGCUUCUCCGAGAAAUGGAGGAGAAGUUGAUGAUGACUGCAUUUUAUCGUUUUGGAAUUACUCGUCACAAAGAAGCAGUUGAUCAGCAUUUAGCUGCACUGGGGGCUGGCCAAGGGCAAUCUUUUCUCGCAAGACAGCGUCAACCCUCGGCACGUAAAGUAUUCCCCCCAGCCUAUAAUUCGAAAUAAGCUAUUUAGUUUUCAAAUUGAUAAUGGUAGCGGCUCUUUGAUGAGAGUUUCAAUUUCCAUGCUGGCCAUGUCUGGAACGCAUAUUUUUUUUCAGUAAUCAUGUAACAAUACAAUCUUUUGACUAGAGAACAACACUAGGAUGGGAGGUGAAUUAUCAACCUGAGAGUCUUUGAAACAAGCGGUCUUUUAUGAUAGCCAGAAAGUUCACUAUGAAAAUCAUGGCAUAGCGUCUAGUUUUAUAUGUAUAUAAAAAAUGUAAGAUAUUUCUUCAAAAUUUUGAUACUAAACGCUGGCGAUUAAUGACAUUGAACUCCAAUGACGAGUGAGAUAUAACUAUUUGAACCGAAAACAUCUGAAGACAUUUGUAGACAUUUUUUUCUGAUCUAUUUAUCAUUGAAGCAGCAGAUAUCUUUGUGGAGUUCAUCUCUUCUUUGUUGCGAUACACAAUCAAUUUAUUUGUUUAAUAUUUUAUUAUAUAUUUUAUUCAUAUUUUAUGUAAGUUAUGCUAGCAUAUCUCUGAACAGUGCAUCGUGGAUGCAAUUAACGAAGCCUGAUUUUGAUCAAAAAUUAAUUUAACUGAAUUAACCAAAUUUAUAUUUAUUACAUUGACAUUUAUAUUCAUAUUAAUCUGUUCUGUAGAUUUUAAAUUCUAGAAUAAAUGACCAUAUUUUAGGAA